UCGUCCUUCCUUGUAUGGCCCGUGCACAAAGAUCGUCGGAACCUCGGCGGCCGUGGGAUUAGAUUAGGCUCCACACCUUUACACCCUAGCUCCCUUUCCUCUUCAACAAUUUUUCGUCAAACGAACUUUUUAUCUUUUCCCCUCCAUCGUGGCAUCCGCGUUCGCGAUGGAAUCGCUGGGAGAAGAGCCAUGGGACGUGGUGAUCUGCGGCACGGGCCUGCAGCAAUCGCUACUGGCUCUAGCGCUUUCGCGGUCGAAGAAACGGAUCCUCCAUGUUGACCCUAAUGACUACUACGGCGAGUUUGAGGCUGCUUUCAGUCUGCAGGAAGCGGAUAGUUGGGCUGCUGGAAAUGGUGCGGUGCAAGGCUUGAAUGCGAAAGAUGAUUCGGCGACGGAUGAAUCAAAGAAGCAGAGCAUUUUCAGAAAUGCCCUUGCCUGGACGCACCCCGAAGCUAAAGAGAAGGGUCUAUCUUUUCCUCGAGCCUAUUCGCUUGCCCUAGCACCACAUAUCAUCCACACCUGCUCCAAAUUGUUAUCACAACUCGUAUCAUCAAGAGCGUACAGGCAAGUCGAAUUCCUAGCAGUCGGUUCGUUCUUCGUCUACGACGCGGACGCCGGCGACAACGGCUCGAAGCUGGCUCGGAUACCUAGUAGCCGCGAAGAUGUCUUCUCCACGCAAUCCAUACCUGUCAAGUCCAAACGGUCGCUGAUGAAGUUCCUCAAGUUCGUCAUCGAUUACGACUCCGAGGAGCAGAAGCCGGUUUGGCAGGGCCAGGAGCAAAAGCUGCUCUCCGAGUUCUUGGCUACCGAAUUCAAGCUAGACGAGAAUCUGCGAAAGUAUAUUCUCGCCCUGACUCUGACGUUAGAUGGUCGCGUAAAAGUGAUAGAUGGCUUGGCCACGAUCCAUCGACACCUCACGUCUAUGGGCCUAUUUGGGCCUGGUUUCUGUGCUGUCUAUCCUAAGUGGGGUGGUUCCUCGGAGAUUGCACAAGUGGCAUGUCGCGCUGGGGCAGUCGGCGGCGGCGUGUAUAUGCUUGAUACGAAGGCAGAUAUCAAUGAUUCCAAAGAUGAUGAGAUCACGCUCAAGUUAUCUAACGACGUGUCUAUCCGGACGACAAGGUUAGUUACUUUGCAAACCAAGGCUGCGCCUGAUGCCCCAACGAUUAGCCGACUCGUUGCGGUCGUCAGUUCUCCUUUAGAAGCAUUAUUCGAGGUCGUUGUCGAAGGCGCGCCAACCCCAGCAGUAGCUGUCGUCGCUUUCCCAGGUGAUUCAACAUCAACCACAGAGAGCAGUCCAAUAUAUGCAUUAGUGCAUUCUAGCGAAACGGGAGAGUGUCCCACCGGUCAAAGUGUAAUCUACUUGGCCACCCUAGCAACACCCCAGUCCACAACUCGCCUCAACUCGGCUCUAGACGCCCUGCUAUCAACGGCUACUCCCGCAGAUGCUCAGAAGCCCACCUGUUUGUAUAAGUUAUCAUACGAGCAAUCACUCAGCUCCAGAGAACCAUCACGUGUAACCCGCGGCAAGACUUCCACCUUCGCGUUCCCAUCUCCGUCUCUUAGCCUCGCAUUCGACGACGGUUGCUUAGACGCUGUUCAGGACGCAUGGAAACUGGUCAUGGGAGACGAUGGCCCGGAGAACGAGUACAUGGUCUUCCAAGACCGUGAGGGCGUCGGUGAUGAUGAUGAGGUUUACGAGUAACCAUCCAGAUAAAGUAAAAUCGGUGGCUUAAGUUUGAGUACGAGUAUGUACGCUCCAUUAGUAGGUGCAUAAUUAUUUAAAUGAGCAAUGUGACACGAGACUGAUACCUUGAAACAAUGCUUUUUCUCAAAUAAACGAAUAAAUCAAAAUGGACCAUUUAGACGAGUUCAGCAUUCGUGUGUGACAAACGAAUAGUUGCAAAGGUUGUGUAGCAUGGGUUGUCUACCUAGAGGCAGAAAUCGUACAAAGGAUCCGACAAAGACAUACAUGUAUGUCAGUCAGGCUGCCACUUGGCUCGCCUAUUAACUUCACUUCAUCUCUU